ACAUGAAAACGGGCACUCUACCAUUCACUCUCAACCACGACAGAACAUCAUUCACCUCCGCGUACCUUCUAGAAUAUGCGGUCUGGAAGCGGGAUAUUAGCCCAAAUAGCUGUCACCUCCCAACAAAGAUUCGCCGCUUUCACUUCCUGCUCUCCGAAAUUAGCUGGCUUUAAAAUUCUUACAUGCGACCCCCGCCACUUCUUCGCUGCUUCACGUCCAUCUACCAAACCAUAACCACCACCAUGAAAGCUGACACGAAAGCUGCAGGUCAAGCUGACGGCUCCGACAACGCGUCGCGCUCUUCUCCAUCCGGGAAAGAAAACUCCGACGCCAAAACCAGCUCCAUAAGCAGCCAGAAUCACGGUCGCUCACCACCCACCUCCGAGCCCCGCGGCCGCGGCGCCAUCUUCCUCAGCAAAAGCCCUCCACCUCCUUCCCGCCGCUCCCAAGACCCCAGCUACGGUCGUCUGAACGCCAAGUCCACCAACAACCCGAAGGCUCCUCGCUCGGGCAGACGCCGCGAUAGCGACUACGAGAGCUACGAUGAUGCCGUCCACAACGCGAGUGCCGAAGCGUUUCAGCGCGCGUGGAGCGCCGCGCCACGACGAGAUCCGCGGCAGAAGCCGGGGACGAGAGCGUACAAGCCGGAGUAUGGGAGGUUGUCGCCGCCGAGGGAGGAGAACGAUGGGGAUGCCAAGAGUGAGAGUGAGAGUGGGGGUGACGAAGAGACGUUAGCGGAGCAGGGAGGAGAGGAGGGCAAAGAGGUGACCGAGGCGUUGGGGAAGUUGGUGCUCGGAGAGAAGGCUGGAGGAGAGAAGAAGGCGGCAGCCGAGCAUGAGGUGGAUGUCAAGAUAGCGAAGGUCGAAGAGCCAAAGCUGGAGCUCGCUCUCAAGCUGGACAAGGAUUCAUCGCCAAAGGAUAUCAUCGUCGCCGCGAAUGUAUCGCUGUCCACCAACUUCCGCCUGUCCAAGGACCUCUGGGAUGGGAAGGGUGCGGAGAAGGAUCUGAAGGAAAUGGUGCGGAAAAAACUGCAGUUGCAUCUCAAGGAAAUUGUGGAGAACUCGAAGCCGGAAAGCGAAGGAGAUGUGGAGCAUUGGGAGCUGUAGCAGCCCGCGGUGUUCAGCGUAUAUAUGCGCUCUAUGCAGAGCAGCUAGUGGAUGUCCACUUUUCGCUAGUUUCAAUAUGCGGGAUGGGA